ACACAAUAUUGGAUAAUCUGCAAUCGUUUCCAGCAGUUUACCAUUUUUCUCCAAUAUGUCAGUUUACCCUGAGAGUGAGUAAACAUUUGUUCCACCCCACAGCCCGUCUCUCCCAUAAUGCAACAGGCAACAAAGGAGGCGAAAGACAGAGGAAAAAAGACAGCGAGAGAAAAGAAAAAAAAAAAGUUUAAACCAAACCUUAGAGAACACGGUACCAUAAAAGCCGAAGCCCGUGAUGUUCCGAUAUCAUUAACAAAUACAAACAAACAGGCAUUUAAAUGUUCUGAAUAAAUGACUGUAUUAAAGAAAUCGCGGACUUGGGUGUAUAGUUUUCCUUUACUGUCCCCCGGUGUGUGAGACUCAUUUGGGAGAAGAUGAAGGUGACUAUGCUGUGUGGUUUGUCUUCGUUCUGGUGGAGGGACUGACUGACAUUGCCUCUUGGGUCGAGUGGGUUCCAAAAGAAAGCAGCUGGGGAUGGCUGCAUCAUUACUUGCAUGAAGUGCUUUGGAAGAGUCCAUGAUCUGCCGCUGUGGACAACACCUCCUCGAGCAGCAUAGGUGAAGAAGAACCCUAAUCCCUAAUUUGGGAGGGAUUUUCAGAAUGAAGAAAAUUAGCCUUAAGACAUUUCGUAAGUCUUUUAACCUGAAUAAGUGCAAAGAAGAGGGAGAGUUUGUGGUUGUGCAGCAGCCAACCUUGACAGGCGAUUUUGGGAAAGACGAGUCUCUCUUUGGAGGGUGCUACAGCAAAGACCUGGCUAGCUGUGAGAUGAACGAGGAUGAAAAAGGACACAAGAACCGAUCCAAGAGUGAGAGCCUCAUGGGCACCCUGAAAAGGAGGCUGUCUGCCAAGCAGAAACCCAAAGGCAAAGGAAGUUCGCCUUCAGUAAGUUCUGUAGAUGAUGAUACCUUCUCCUCUUCCUCUGCACCUAUUAGCUUUAAUGAUGUGAAGGCUCAGAGGCCCUUAAGGUCUACUUCGUUACGUAGCCAUCACUACAGCCCCACUCCCUGGCCCCUUAGGCCAGCCAACUCAGAGGAGACCUGCAUUAAGAUGGAAGUGAAGGUAAAAGCCCUGGUUCACUCAUCCAACCCUAGCCCUGCAAGCAAUGGUGUCCGUAAAGAGUUUCAUGCCAUCCAGAUGGAUGGCUUGUUCGAAGAGGAGAGUAACCCUCUGAAGAAUCCGGACUCUCAAAAUGGUGACUUGCAUUUAAGCAUUGAUGAGCAUGUGCCUGUAGUUAUUGGACUUACACCUCAGGACUAUAUUCAGUACACCAUGCCUUUAGAUGAGGGAAUGUAUUCAGUGGAAGGACCCCGUGCAUAUUGUCUGGAUAGCUCUUCACCAAUGGAGUUGAUGUCCAUUGCUUCACAGAUAGGUGUCAGUUCCAACCAUGUGGACGAGGGCCAGGUGGUCCAAGAUCUAGUGGUGGCACCAGACAUUUUUAUGGAACCCCCCGUCAAUGGUCUCUUAGUAGGUACCACAGGAAUAAUCCUACAAAAUUCCACAGUAGAAGCACCCCCUCUCUCCCCUUUGCUACCUCCUCUCCCCAGCAUUCAGAUCCAAAGGAACUUCCCAGUUUUCGGCGGUGCUAAUGCCCAUGUUGCAGAAAGGGUGCGCCUCCAUUUGAACUUCGACCCUAAUUCUGCCCCUGGUGUAGCAAGGGUCUAUGACUCUGUACAGAACAGUGGGCCUAUGAUGGUGACAAGCCUCACAGAAGAGCUAAAGAAGCUUGCCAAACAGGGUUGGUACUGGGGUCCCAUAACUCGCUGGGAAGCAGAGGAAAAACUUGCCAACCUGCCAGAUGGCUCAUUCUUGGUGCGUGACAGUUCGGAUGACCGUUAUCUCUUAAGCUUGAGCUUCCGUUCACAGGACAAGACUCUCCAUACUAGGAUUGAGCACUCCAAUGGCAGGUUCAGUUUCUAUGAACAGCCUGAUGUGGAAGGGCACACAUCCAUAGUGGACCUCAUUGAACAUUCUAUAAAGGACUCAGAAAAUGGAGCGUUCUGCUACUCCAGAUCCCGCUUGCCAGGGUCUGCGACUUAUCCUGUUAGGCUAACGAACCCUGUUUCACGGUUUAUGCAAGUGCGUUCACUACAGUACCUGUGCCGCUUUGUUAUUCGCCAGUACACUCGAAUAGACCUAAUUCAGAAACUGCCUUUGCCAAACAAAAUGAAAGAUUACCUGCAGGAAAAGCACUACUGAAAAAAAUCUAACUCAAAUAAAGCUUAUGGAACUUAUUUGCAACUUGCACUUUGGGAACUAUAAUAAAGUGAAAUAGGGUUUACAAACAUUCAUGGUUAUGAAAAGUUUGCUGCCAUUACAAUAAAAUACAUUUGUAUUGUUUUAUUUUUUUUUAUUUUAUUUUGAGAGAAAACACUUGUACAUGUUUGCAACAACUAAUUGGUUGUAUUAAAAUGUAUUGGCAUAAUUUAAAACCAUUUGGCCUUCCCUUAGUGGCUACAUGUUUAUGCUGCUGCAGUAUCCACUUUAUUCUUUUUGUAUAACACAAAACCAUUAUUCUCUAAUUUUUGAAAGACAUAACACAUUAGGCAAAGGCAAAAUGAUUUGUUUGCUGAAAACCAAGUGUAUUGUAGAAAAGGUGUUUUCAGUCGGACCAUACUGUAUGUCUUUUGUGUCAGUAGUCUGUGUUGGGUAGGUGACGGGACCACUUGGUAAGAAGAAAUGUGACAACUUGCUCUUUAAUCUGGACUCUAAUUUAUUACAAUUCACCAGCCUUCAUUUUAUUUUCUGAGCCUUUUUUUGUAUGCAACACAAUAAAUGGUGAAGGCAGUGUACCUGUUAGGCAGUAAUAUAUUUUCUUCCCUUUGUUUCCUGUAAUUUUUUUUUCUUAAUCCUAAAAGUAUUUCUGAAAUUUUAUAUUGGUACAGUUUUUAAUAUUGAAAAAUUGUCUUCUCCAAAGAUGGUCUCACGGGGAUUAAGAAAAUGAUGGUCUGCAUUCUGGCAUUUGAAUUUGUAAAUGAGUAAUGCAAAGAUUAAACAACAGCACAGAUUCAACUCCUGGAUUAUAGGACUCACCCUGCCUCCAUAUGAAUGAGCAUUCCUACUCUAUACAGUGUUAAAUAAUCCCAGGACAGUUCCGGACACACACAUGUAGUAACUACAUUUCUUUUUUUUAUCUCGGAUAUUUAUUUUUUCAAAUUCAUAGACUUCUAAAAAAUGAUUAAUAUAACUACAGUGGAAGGCUAUGAAUUAAGAAUAUAGGGAAGGGCCAAGUGCCCCAUUUAGAUUUUAGUUUGAUAGUGUAUGCAUGUGCAUAUACAGUGCCCUCCAUAAGUAUUGGGACAGUGAAGUCAAAAUUGCUAUUUUUGCUGUACACUCAAGCAAUAUGAAAAUAUGAUCAAAAGAUGAAUAUGAGGCAAAAGUACAGAAUGUCACCUUUUAUUUCUGGUGGUUUCAAGACAUACAUGUUUUACCAACUAAGAAUAACAGCACUUUUAUGUGAGCAUAAGUACUGGGACAUUUGGCUCACAGGUGUUUCUAAUUGAUCAGGUGUUUCCUGUUGCAUUGAUUGUUCACACAUAAAAGAGCUGUGAAUGUGUAGUCUCAGUUCUAUCCUUUGCUUUUGCUUUUGGAGUCUGUUUGGUGUCAGUAGGCAUAAUCCAACAUGAAGACUAGGGAGCUGUCUAUGAAAAGCAAGCGAUUUGGAUGGUAAAAGCAAAGAGGGACUCAAUUAGAACCAUAGCACAAAAGUUGGGCAUAAUCAAAUCAACGUUUGGAAUGUCCUGAAAAAGAAAGAAACCACUGGUGUCUUUGGUGAUCAGCAACGACCAGGUCGGCCAAGGAAAUCAACAGCAGUUGAUGACAGAAAAAUGACCAGAGCUGUGAAAAACAACCCUAAAAUAAGUGUCAGUGAAAUCACCAACAACCUCCAGAAUGCUGGGGUGAAAGUGUCACAAUCUACUGUUCGCAGAAGACUUCGGCAGCAGAAUUACAAAGGCUACACUGCAAGAUGCAAACCUCUGAUCAGCACCAAAAACAGAAAGGACAGAUUAGAAUUUGCUAAAAAGUACAGAGAUGAGCCAGUAGAGUUUUGGAACAGUUUUAUGGACAGAUGAGACGAAGAUUAACCUUUAUCAAAGUGAUGGGAAAAGUGUGGAUAAAAAAAGUAACUGCAGAUGAUCCAAAGCAUACCACCUCAUCUGUGAAGCAUGGUGGAGGUAGUGUCAUGGCAUGGGCAUGCAUAGCUGCCUCUGGAAUGGACUCACUCAUCUUUACUGAUGAUGUAAUGAAUGAUGGCAGCAGCAGAAUGACUUCAGAAGUGUACAGAAGCGUCUUGGCUACCAAUGUACAAGAAAAUGCCACCAGACUCAUUGGGCGGCGCUUCACAAUGCAACAGGACAGUGACCCAAAACACAAUACCAACGUAACCAAGGAGUUCAUCAGGGGGAAAAGUGGAACGUUUUAGACUGGCCAAGUCAAUCUCCUGAUUUAAAUCCGAUUGAACAUGCAUUUCACUUGCUGAAGAGGAGACUGAAGUCAGAAACUCCCCAAAACAAGCAACAGCUGAAAAUGGCUGCAGUAAAGGCUUGGCAAAGCAUCUCAAAGGACGAUACCAAGAGUUUGGUGAUGUCAAUGGGUCACAGACUCACUGCUGUUAUUGCAUGCAAGGGAUUCACAACUAAAUACUAGCUUUUAUACUUCUUAUAUUUGCUUUAAGUUGAAUUGUCCCAAUACUUAUGCUCACAUAAAAUGGGGGGAUGGAACUCUAAAAGUGCUGUUAUUCUUAGUUGGUAAAACAUGUAUGUCUUGAAACCACCAGAAAUAAAAGGUGACAUUCUGUACUUUUGCCUCAUAUUAGUCUUUUACUCGUAUAUUCAUAUUGCUUGAGUGUGCAACAAAAAAUAGCAAUUUUGACUUCACUGUCCCAAUAAUUAUGGAGGGCACUGUGUGUGUGUGUGUGUGUAUAUAUAUAUAUAUAUAUAUAUAAAUUGGUGAAUCCUCAUAACCCAAGCCUUUAAGGUUUUUAAUCCACGAAAUUGGUUUGGAAUGGGAGUUUAAAAACAUACUUGCUUUCCUCUUGAUUUGGGUCAUAAUGCUCUGGAAUGAUUUCACAAUGAUUGUGUUGCCUUCUACUCUACAACCUUAUCAUUGCAAUGCAGGGUGCUGAUUAUUGUUUAAAAUGCUGUAGUGUUAUGCACAGUUUCUGUUUUAAUUGUAUAAUGCAGUAAACAAUCUCCAUCUAGAUCUCAUGCCAACUUCAGAUUUGUUUUUUUUGUUUCAAAUGGAAUUCAUGCUGUUGAGUGGGAGUGUAAGUUUACAUUAUAUGAGAUGCAGUAAUUGCCAUUUCUAUAUAACAUUGAUUUUUUUUUUUUUUUUGACAUUUGGAUUUUUCAUGCUAAACACUUUGGUACAGUAACUUUUUUUAAAGCAGUUCUUUCAGUAGUGUUUGACACAUUUUGUGCUGCGCUGUUUUCUUUUAGUAGUUUUUAAAUAAUUGCCUUUUUAAGUGUUAGUUGAGAGCAAACAGAAUGGCACAAAUUGAAAUGUACUGUAUAGAUGAAUGACUUUGGCUGUGAAAUUGGGAGAAUCAUAUACAUUUACAUUACUUUGUGAAACAGUUCAAUCAGUAUGAUGGUGAUAGUGCCAUACAAAAAAGUAUAGAUAGAGAACCAAUCACUUCAGUUUACAGUUUUUCUAUAGUCAAUACAGCGUGUAUGAAGUUUGCCAGAAAAUGAAUUAUCCAAAGUCCAUUGGUUUUCAUAUUAUUAUUUUUAUUAUUAUUUUGUUGUUGCUUGGAAAGAAUCUAUUGUGAUUUCUUGCACAUUUUUUAAAAACAAAUUUUAAAGGGUUUUUUGUAUCUGCUGAUACAAAAUGUAAAUAAAAGUUUAAUUCACAA